GGAAAAUUCGAUUUCACGGCCUGAUUUGGCCUUGAAUUUAUCUGUUUUCAUCCGCAACCACCGGAACGGGAAAGUGCACCAUGAUACUUUCGUCAUCACGUGCUGCCGCCCGUUUGCGGUUAACGUUGUGCUCCAGCCGUUUGCAGGCCUCCUGCGCCGGAAUCCGUGAACCUAUAAAGGUGUGCGCCUCCAACAGCUGCACCGCCGGUGGUGGCGGAGGUGUUCCCCUCGCGGCACAGCCCACCAACACGACGACGGUCCGAGGAGCACAGGAAAAGUGGCUACAACGCUUUCAAUCGGAAAACAUCCCCGAACCGGAAACUUCCAUCAGCAACAUAAUAGCCCACGUGCUCGAACUUUCCGGCCCGGGCGAUGUGGGCGAUCACCAGAACUCCUCGCUCAGUGAGCAACAAAUCCGGAAGAUUGAAGAGAUGUGCGAGUGCCGACUGGCCAGGAUGCCCCUGCAGUACAUUAUCCGGGAGUGGGAUUUCCGUGAUUUGACGCUCAAGAUGAUCCCUCCCGUAUUUAUUCCGCGCCCGGAAACGGAGGAACUGGUCGAACUGAUACUGCAGCAGAUGGAUAGCCAGAAGGAAACGUUCUUUCUCGAGAUCGGCUCGGGCAGCGGUGCGAUCAGUCUUUCGAUUCUGAAACACGUCCCCAAGUCCUCGGGCAUCGCGAUCGACCAGAGCCGAUUGGCGUGUGAACUGACACGCGAGAAUGCGGCGGCGGUCGGACUCGACAGUCGGUUGCGAAUAUUCAAACACAAACUGAUCAACGAUCUGCCGGAUACGCUGGCGGGCGAACAGUUUGACAUGAUCGUUAGCAACCCGCCCUACGUACCUUCGGUGCUGCUACCAACGCUCGAACCGGAGAUAAAAAUCUACGAAGAUUUGCGCGCCCUCGACGGUGGCAACGAUGGACUGACUGUGAUAAAGGCGAUUCUGCGGAUAGCGUCAAAGCAUCUCACCAAAGACGGCGUACUGUGGCUCGAGGUGGACAUUUCCCAUCCACCGGUAAUCGAGAAGUUUCUAGCGCAACACGGCGAUACGAUGGGAUUACGGUUCGUUGCUUCGUAUAAGGAUCUUUUCCAAAAGGAUCGUUUCGUUGAGAUCGUUAAAAGCUGCUAGACUUCACACAGUUAGCGCAAAUGCCGUGGUAUAUU